AACAGAGGAGUCCCAGGAGUCCGGCCUGCUCCCAUUAUAAGAAGGCAGGAGCAGCGCACCUGCGAGGGUCCCGAAGCAAAGUGCGGUCACCAUGGGCUGUAAGGGCUCCAAAGUGCAAGUGGUGGAGCCCGGCGAUGGGAGGAAGAGCGGCUGGGGAGCCCAGGGCAAAGUGAGGCCGGACAACCAGGCUGAAGAUAAGUCACAGAUAAACACCUCCAGUGGUAGGGAUGGAUCUGCAAUGUCAAAGGGCACAAUGGACAGUGGUUUGGGACACGAAGAGGAAAUAACAAGAGAAAUUCUGCCUGGAACAGUUACAGAAAAACCAACUUCUCCCAGAAGAAUAAAUGCAUUGAAUAAUGACCAGUCCUUGCUGACCAGUAGAAGUCAACAUGAAAGGCAGGCAUCCUCUGACAUUCUGGAGGAACUCAUUACUCAAGGAAUCAUACAAAGCAAGACAAAGACUGUUAAAAAUGGAGAAGCUUAUGAUGUCAUGGUGGAAACAUCAGGGAAACCAUUAAGGAGACCUCCUGCAAAACUUGAGAAACUGAAAACAAGUAAGAAGAAAAAUACAAGUCUUACAAAGGAGGACAUUGAAAGCAAAAUGAAGGCUGCAGAAGAGAGAAGAAAGACAAAAGAAGAGGAGCUGAAGAAAAGACUGAGGAGUGACAGACCAAUGACUGCCUUUCGGAGCAUAACUGAGUUAAGGGGGGAAGGCUCUUUUACCCCUGAUGAAGAUCAAGAACCUGCAGCCACCGUUCCAAAUGAAACCUUAGAUUCUGCUGCAUCGGAAAAUGUAAUGAGUAGGACAACACUGAGUCAGGGAGUUGAUGAGCAGGUUGAUGAAAUUAUUCCUGUCGAAUCUGACAUUACCUAUAACAACCCUGGUGAUCAGGAGGUUGACUCUGGAAAUGAUAUCUUCUGAUAUGCACAUAGUAUACCUGCAUCUAGGCCAGAAAUGCAGCUGUAUUUUUUAAGAUAUUUAAAUUAGUGCCUUAGACGUGUAUUGACAAAAUAAAUCUCUUACUGGUGUAUUGCCAUCAGGUACUCAAUGGCUUGGUAGCUAUCUG